CGGUGCCGGGCCCGGUGCCGCCGGUGCGGGCCCCGGGAGGUAGAGGCGGAGGGAGGUCGGUCCCGGUGCCGGUGCCGGGCCCGGGCCGAGUGGGCCAUGGUGGUGCUGCGGGGUGGCGCGGGCCCCGAGGAGCCGUUCCCGAGGAUCGAGGACUGCCUGCCCCCGCUGGAGGACUCCCCGUCCAAGCGGUUCUCCCCGUCCAAGCGCAAGCAGUAUUACAUCAACAAGGCCAUCCGCAACUCCGACCUCAUCCCCAGGGCCAAGGGCCGCAAGAGCCUCCAGAGGCUGGAGAACACUCGCUACCUGAUGACACUUCUGGAGCGGGACGACUGCGGGAGCGACGAGGGAGAGCUCGACCACUCUGCCACCCCCAGCAUCUUCACCGAGGCCUGUAACAACGAGACCUAUGUGGAGAUCUGGAAUGACUUCAUGAACCGGUCGGGAGAAGAGCAGGAGCGGGUCCUGCUAUACCUGGAGGAGGAGGCCAGGAAGAAGCACAGGAGGAAGCUGCCUGUCAAGAAUGAAGACAAGUGGAAAGAGCUCCCGGCCUACACGCCCCAGGAGUGUUUCCAGCGCAUCAGCCGCCGCCUGCGCGCCACCCUGAAGCGGGGCCGGAUCCCCAUGGGGACUCUGGAAGGGCUGGAAGAGGAGCUGCUGGGAUUCUUCUCUGUCACCCCCCACUCGGUCUACACAGCGCUGAUGGACAACAGCUUCGAGCGGCUCCUGCUCCACGCGCUCUGCCAGUACAUGGAUCUCGUCUCUGCCAGUUCGGACAUCGAAGGGAAACGUCAGAUGAAAGUGAGCAACAAACACCGCGUGUUCCUGCCCCCCGAGCUGCUGCUCUCAGACUACCUGGGGCAGCUCAGCUGAUGCCCCGAGGGCCGCCCUGCCCCUCCUUCAUCCGCUCUGGCCUCCCCCAGCCCCCUGGACCCUCGGACCUUCCCUGCCGCAGGAGGGGCAGAGCUGGGGGCUCGUGACCGUGCCCCCGGGGCCGGUGUGGGCAGGGCAGCCCUGCCCGGUGCCGCCGUGGGUGUGGAGCCCGCCCCGCUCCCCACGCUGCCCUCCUGGAACUGUUUGUGUGUCUAUUUAUAACCUAGGUGUUUUUAAAAAUAAUCAGGCGGGGCCAACCCCCUCUGGCGCUGA